GGACUCUCCUUCAGCACGUGUGAGACCCCUCCUCUGGCUCCAUAGUGGGUUUCAAGCUCUUUGAGACUCAACAGUGUCCUGACAACGACUCUAACAGGGAGGAACGGGGACUGUUAUGAACCCUGACUGGCAGGCUGCUGAGAAUACAAUCAUUUUUCAAUUAUGGACGGCUCUGACAAAGCACAAAUUAAACACACCGCGGGGACGAAGGAAGAUUUAAAAGCUACUGAUGCCACUUCUUCUGUCGCGAGCUCCAAUGAAGAUUGCUGCCCCUGUCUGAGGCGCGUGAAGGGCGUUAUACCGCCGCUUUACCGGAAUGAGCUCGUGCAACUUGUCAAACUAGCGGGGCCAGUGGUAAGAGUCAAUUUAACUGAUUUCAGGUUUCAGGUUGAGUGAAACCUGUUGUUUAAAUUUAUUUGAGGAUGUUCUUGUUCAUUAUUCUCUGUGUUAGCUGUUUAUUAUGUUGCAGUUACAUUAUGGGAGUUUUUGAUUUGUGAGAAGAUGCAAUUACUGUUUUUCCCUAUUAAACUGUCUUGUGAGAGCUGUAGAAAACUUCUCUUAAACUUAUGUAAUCCUUGUCUCCCACUUUUACUGCUGUAACCUUUCAAAUCUCAAUCCUGGGGUCCCUGAAAUACACACAAAUGAUGACAUUAGAAACACGAGAGAUUCUGGUCUUGGACAGGGCUGAGGGGAUAGGUGUGAUUUAAAAAAAACUUCAGAUUACAGUCAUCUGACUUUUUAAGGCUGAAUACCCUCCUAAUGGAAAAAUAAUUUAAUUUUGCAGAAAGAGAACUUGCAGGGCUUUUAUUUAAAAAAAUUAAUAAAUAAAGUGCUUUACAAAAACAAUAUGAAGCAGAUCAGGAGGGGCUGCAAGCUGAGCUGCUGCCAACACCACCUUAACUUCCAUGUUAACAUUUCUAAGUCAUGAUCACUCAAAGUUCAUCUUAGGGUGCAAAAUUAUUUCAACCCAGUCAUUUAUUUAGCUGAAGCCAAAUUAUCCACAGAAGUCACCUCUUUAAGAAUUAUUGGCCCAAGCAUUCGAAAUUAGUGACCACAUAUGGUAGUAGUAGGAUGGGUUGUUAAUGAAUCCAGCUGAGCUACUGUUAAAAUGCAGGUAUUUACGAUUGUUCUUAUAUCUUUAGCAACAGUGGUUUCUUUCUUUAUUUUUCUCCAAGUUUCCCCUUUUUCCAAUUUACAGAUAAUAUCCACUUUUUUGACUGAUAGCAGGCAAAAAAAAACCCCAUCAACCUUUGGUUUCCAUACCUUUUCCUACCGAUUUCGGCUGUGUGAUCCACUCACACUGGGUGGAUCACUGGUCUUUUACAACCCCUCAUCAUUGUUUUUAAUCAGCCAGCCUUAGUUUUCACGUGCUGUAUUUUGGCAGUGUCUCUUUCUAAAGGUGUUGUCUUUGUUUUUGUGUCCCAGGUCGUUUCCCAAUUGAUGGUUUUUAUGAUCAGUUUUGUCAGCACUGUUUUCUGUGGUCACCUGGGAAAAACAGAACUUGCAGGAGUAUCAUUAUCAAUUGCGGUGAGAUGAUUAAUGAGUCUUGUAUUUGCUUUGAAAGCUGCCAAAGCCUGUGAACACUGAAGUUUUUAUUAACUGUCUUUCCUUUAUACAUAAUUUUAUGUGUUUUUUUUUUUUUUUUUUGUUAUUGUAGGUGGUGAAUGUGACGGGUAUUUCUAUUGGCACUGGUUUGUCGUUAACGUGUGAUACCCUAAUAUCUCAGGUAUUUCUCAGUGGAGGAUGUUCUUUCACUUUGGUUAUCUUACAUGGGCAAAAAAAGUUCCUGCUGAGUUCCCAGGUUGUCCUGGGGUCUGCUUUAAAACAAUUCAACAAUGAGCUUUUGUAUCACGCAAGCUUAUAUUACCAGUUUUACCCCUUGUUAUUGGUGUGGUUAGUGUUUUCCAACUUUGCUUAUUUGAGUAUCUGUCCACCUGUGUCAUGCAGACAUAUGGGAGCGGUAACUUAAAGCGUGUUGGUGUGAUCCUCCAGAGGGGGGUUUUAAUUCUGUUAUUGGCCUGUUUCCCCUGCUGGGCCAUCCUCAUCAACACGGAACCUCUCCUACUCGCUGUCAAGCAAAGCCCAGAAGUUGCCAGGUUGGUAAUUAUUAAUCCCCAGAAUAACAGUCCUUUGAAACAACUCAUUUACCAAUAGUAAUGUGCAAACUGUUAACUGUUAGAGAGAUUUAGAGCUGAAACAAGGGAGUAACUCUGAAACAAAUCUGCAUCAACUUUAGGUUUUAACAACAGUGGACAGGGAAAAAGUUGCAAACACUUUGACCUAAGCACAAUGUUUGUAUAUAGUUGUUUUUACACUGAUGUGGAGCAUCAUUCACAUAAGUAAUAUUAAGUCAUAUUUCUGUUUAUGAAUUUAUGUCUGCCAUUCCCGUAAGCUUUUGGACACGGUGAUGAUUCCAAAUUUACAGCCUUGAGCUGCUUAAUUGAACACUUUAUGCGUUCUGAUGCUUGGUAGAUUGUUUUGCAGUUAAUUUCCAGAACGGUUUGUUGAGACAAGCUGCCUUCUGCAUGUGGCAGCAAUGCUAGGUUGAAGGUGCAGUGUGCCGAAUUUAGGAGGAUUAAGCUGAACAGACUUGGUACAAUUAGAAUUCAAUAUUCCUAAUUAUAUUGAAUUUAGUUUGCAAAAACUAAAUAGUUUUGUUUUUGCUCAUUUAGACAGAGCCUAUUAAUAUUUAUAUACAGGAUUGUGAUUGUUAUCACUGGUAAAAUAAUUGAAUGAAUGCUUUUUGGUGAUAAGAAUGUGACAAAUAAGGAUCAGAAUGACCAAAUAUCACAGGAGCUUUUUGUCCUCAGAGGCCACUGUCACUUUACUGACUGAGGGAUGAGCAAGGAAAUGUCUGAGCCUGGAAUGUAACUGCUGGAUAUCACUGAAUAUCACUAUUUCUACACACUAUGCCUUUUAUUUCAAGUAUAUGUAUCUGGAAUAAAUUGUAGAUAUAAUUUAACAGACAAUAUCUUUGUGGAAUAUUUGUCAUAUAUUUUUUAGUCUGCAUUAGACACAAGCUGGGAUUCAGUGGUAACAGAAUGAAUGACCUCAUUGACACGGAGGGCUCUAUUUUGGUGCCUCGCCGGAGACGUGCCGCAAGCGCAGCGUCAGUCAGAUCCGCCGCGCUGACAAGGCGUUCCCAAGCACAUUUUGGUAUUUUGGUGAGCCGCGCAGCCCGGCGUAAGUAUCCCCCCUCCCUAACUCAGCUCCUCCCAGCACCAUAAGUCGUAGACGGGGAGGAGAAAAGCGUUAAGUGGGUUUAACACAGCCGAGACCUGUUUUCACCAAUCACAUAGGCUCCUCUCCUUGCUUUAAAUCCGCCACAGGCGAGGCGUAUUACUAUUUUCAUGAAGUAGUCAAAGAGAUCAAGAGAUGUCUUAAGACAGUAAUGCCACAAGAUGGCGACAGAGGGCAGCUCCUCAACAAGCGUCCUCCACACUCUCUCAUAUAAGCACAGAUGGAUUUAGUGUGCGUAAUGUUGGACCCAGUGGUAAGACAAACACCCUUUUCCACAAAUAAAGACACUCACAUAAAGUUGCUCAUAUUCAAACCUCACGUGACAAAGGUGGGUUGAGCGCACAGAUCACAACAUAAACUCCAAAAAUGGCAUUAAAAUCGGAACCAUCUGUGCGUAAAUGACGCAUCGCGCUCCGUGGCCUGGCUCUUUCUUUCAUAGAUGUUGGCAUAUAAAAUAAAUUUGGCUCACAAAACUGAAUAUUAUAAUAUCCGUAUGUCGGCUUAAAGUAGAUAACGCAUCUGAGCACUGAAACAAAUCAUCUGUUCAGCUGCAGCAGCAGCAAGACGGACAGAGGACACGGAGACGUGUCCAGGUCGAGCUGUGCGAGAAAUAAGAGGAAGAGGAAGAAAGAAAAGGAGGGAGAUGAAUUACAUAUCUUGUUAACUUCAUCAUGUGUGUAUAUUUACUAGAUAUUUAAUUUAAUUUGAUGCGGUUUCAGCUGUGUUGAUUCGGUCAGGUUGUGUGUCCAAACGCGUGCCAAACGCGCUCAUCAGAUCACAUAUAGAUCAGAAUAUAUCGAUAUAGAUCUAAAUAUAUGUGCUGACUCAGAUUAAUAGUUGAUGAUGAUUAUUUAUUGCACUGAAAUGUGCCUGACACUGUGGAAACCUGCCGGUGAGGCAUCAGUGACGUAUGUCGAUACGCCGCCGGUCUACCAAAAUACUUCUAGACCAGCUGCGUUCCGCCUUGCGCUGAAAGCUGACCAGGUUUGAAUCGGCGAGCUUUCAGCGCACUUUACACGCCGUUGGCGAGCACGAAAAUGUCACUGCGCCAGCUGAUUCUGUCGACACCUCCCCCUGCCACACCACCACGCCCAGCUUGGCGGAUCUCGGCUCGCCUCCGUGCGGCUCAUUCCACGAAAAUACCAAAUUGGCCUUACGCUGGGCUCCGCCAGACGAAAAUACAACUGCGCGGGGCUCGCCGCCCUCCGCCGCCUCACCGGCGCGCACGAAAAUAGAGCCCGUAGUAUUAGUUAGAGCAGCCACACUGUAUUUAGUAACUACAGUAUUUCUAUGUUUUAUUUUUUUUGGAACAAAGCAGCAGAAAUUCCAUCAGUUUUGACUUUAACGUGGUCAUCGGUUGAAAUCAAGACCCAAGAUAAUUGUCUGAGGAUGUUAUUUGUGUUGAAAUUUUAUAAUGUUAAAUAAUGUUGUGUUUCAACACCACAGUUUCACAUGCACAUUUCUUUGUUUUCUUUCUGGUUGAAGUCUCUCUCAGCUUUAUGUGAAGAUCUUCAUGCCUGCACUGCCAGUGAGUUUUGAUGCUUUUUAAGUCCUGUAUUUAAGAGUGAUAAGAAUAACAAUAAAAUCAAAAUCAGAUUAUUUAGGGGGUUUACACAUUCACUGAGUCACUUUGGUCAUACUCACAGUCAGAUUCCUUCACUUCUUUUUCAGGCAGCUUUUAUGUACCAGCUGCAGGGGAGGUAUCUUCAAAACCAGGUAAACCAAAGCAAACAUACUUCAGUCAGAGCUCACAUCUGAACCAAAGUGAUCUAGUAUUUUUAAAUGUUAACUUUUGUCCUGUGGUUUACAGGGAAUAAUAUGGCCUCAGGUUAUUACUGGAGCCAUUGGAAAUGUCUUCAAUGCAAUUAUAAACUACAUAUUGCUCUUCUAUCUGAAUAUGGGAGUUGCGUAAGUUUAAAAAAAAAACUUUUAUUUUGUAGUACAGCAUGUCAUGUUGAAUAUAGAGUGACUUUAUUGUCAAAUCUCUGGAUAGGGCUGCUUACAUUUAUCGCAGACACACAUAUAUGAGCUCAUAGUACAAUUGGAUUUUGUAUUAAUGCUUUUCUGCUCCCCAUACCCACUGUUUGUGUUGGGUCAUUUUUAUAAGACUAGCUGCUUCACUUUGUAAAACCCUGACUUCCUUUUCUGCAUCUCUGCUAGCCUGCCUGACCUUACACAGCAGGUCCUCACAGUGGCCCUCAUUUAUCAAUCUUGCGCAGAUCUGAGCACAGGAUUCAUCCUACAAUAGGACACACGUGAGAUUUAUGAAAGGGUUUGUAUCUGACCAAUCCCAGCGUACGUAUGAUCGGGUCUUGAUAAAUGCGGCGGCUGAAAUCGAUCGUCAUUAACAUGUUUACGCCCUUAAAUAUUUGUGAUUCAGAAGCCUCGCCCACUGAGGUAAAACAUGAAAGAGGAGAAAUAUUACAAAGAUGCGAAACUUUUCCGAGCUGAAAGUGGAUAUCCUCGUGUUUGUGGUGGAAACUAACAAGGAUUUUCUCUUUGGAAGCAUCAAAACUGGUCUAAAAGCAGUCUAGAAAACUCCUGUCUGGAGCAGGAUUAUGUUGGCGGUGAACAGUUUGAAUAAAUCAUUAGUCAAUAAGUUGCUCAUGAUGAUAAAUUAAUAUCUCAUACAUGCCUCAUAUUUGUUUAUUGCCAUGACAAAGGGUACGUUGCUCCUAUUAUUGAAAGUAUUUAGUUUUAAUUUGUUGCGUCUUUGUAAUGUAGAGCAGACUGGAGAGUCUGACAGAGGCUGAACAAAAAUAAUUACUAACCUCACCAAACGGUGUGUUGCUGCCCCUUUAUUUAUGUCUUAAUCUUUAAUGAAAUCUGGCUGAUUGUGCUUAAUGACAGGUUUGAGGUUUGUAUAUCAAUUAUUUUCAGACAGACAUUUGCUGCACCACAGAUCCACACUGACUCAAACUUGCGUACACGAUGUCAGACCUGUCGUGAGAUUUGGUCGUAGCGUACGCUCACGUGUAGAUUGAUAAAUGCCGAUCCUCACGUCAAAAUUUUUGUAAGCAAGGUGUACGCAAGUUUUCUGCUGCACGCAAGCUUGAUAAAUGAGGGCCACUAUGAUAAUCUGGACUGGCUGAGCAGCAGCUGCACGUUGAGAUUGAUUGACACAUUUACAGACAGAUCAGUACUGAACUUUGGACCACAGUGCAUAAUAGAUGUUUUUUUUUCUUGGUUAAACAACAGCAGCCGCAGCAGUGACAGUGAGAAAUUAGUCAAAAUAGAGUUGCAAGUAUGGUUGUUGUUGGUAUUUAAGCUGUUAAAAAACAGGACACAUUUGUGUUUUAUUGAGAUUUGUUGAUGAAAUUUGAAAAGAUAGCUGUCUGAGUUCAUUAUUAGGCUUAUAGUGGAUUUGUCCAUCGACAAUAAUGGUGUUGAUAUCUAGUGCAAAAUAAGAGGCUUUAGCUGUUUUGUCUUGUGCCUGUUUUGAUCUUCACCUAACAGUUCAAAUCUGUUUUGCUCAAAGUGGAUCUGCAGCAGCCAAUGCCAUCUCUCAGUACUUGCUGGCUGUGGUCUUGUAUGUUUACAUCUGCUGGAGGGGUCUUCAUAAGGCCACAUGGGGAGGUGAGCCACUUUUUCUUAUUUUGCUGAGAAACUUACCCACAAAACAAAAUCUAUUGGCUUUUAAAGGUUUGACGGUUAACUGUCUCUGUCUAGUCAGUCUUGGUGGGAACAAGUCCUCCUCUUUGUUUAAUGUGUGACAAAGUAGUUACACUUUAUAACUGGGCAAUGUGGAGUGGAGGAGAGGUGACAGGGAUGACGCAUGUGGCCAGAGUAUUACAGUCAAAUAUUCAUCCCUCAGCUGUUACGUAAUGAACACAGUAAUAUGCCACUUACUCAGUAAUUCUGGCUUUUUGUCACCUGAACAAACAGUUCAGUUAAGGUCCUGGGUGAACCCUGUUCACUUUAAGCUCAUGUCAAGACCUUUAAAAAGCUCCACCUGUAUCCAAGUGGCUUUGAAAAGGUAAACUCAUGCAGCUAUAUUUGACAGAAAUAUGUUUUUAAGGUUGUGGCUUAUGAUUCUAUUUGUUGAGAAAAAAACAGCUGCUCUAACAGAAAAUAAAAAAUGUUAACCCACAGGUUGGACGCUUGACUGUCUGCAAGAGUGGGGACCCUUCGUCCAGCUGGCCAUCCCCAGUAUGCUCAUGCUGUGCCUGGAGUGGUGGAUGUUUGAACUGGGAGGGUUUCUUGCUGGGGUGAUUGGUGAAGCCGAGCUCGGAGCUCAGUCUAUAGCCUAUGAGCUGGCUGUUGUGGCCUACAUGGUGAAUCCCCCAAAUGUUUUUUCUCCACAUUGAUAAUGUGUUGGUUGUAAAUAUGACCUGCUAAUGCACUUGUGUGUUUUCAUUUUCACUCAGCUCCUAGUUAAGUUCCAGCUCCUCUGAUCAUGCGUCUUUUUUCCUGCAGUUCCCAUUGGGGUUUGCUGGAGCUGCUAGUGUUCGGGUUGGGAAUGCUCUUGGUGCGGGAAAUGUAGAGCAAGCCAAGUUGUCCUCCAAAGUCCCCAUCAUUUGCACUUGUAAGAACUAAUUCAUGUGGUUUAUGUUACUUGAAACACCCUCUCCACAGAAAUAAUUCCAUUUCAAAGACCAACAGGGUUAUAAGACACAAGGAAUCAGAAAAUGCGGAGCUUGGAAAAGCAAAAGAUCUGAUUUCCUUUGUAUCUGCAGUAAAAUGUGAUGAGGCCUACAAUAAAUGAUCCACUCACAAACAUCAUGAGAGCUCUCUUUAUACAGUGGAGUCCUGAACCAAAAAUAAAUGAGGAAUACUCUCAGACCAAAUCUGGGUGAGGAGGAGACAGAAACUUUUAUCUUAUGUCGAGUUGGUGACCUUGUUGCCAUGGUAUGACACAUUCCUCCAAAAGUUAUGACUGGCUGAUCCACACGAAGAGAAAAACAGUUCUUGUAUUAAUAACAUGCGAAGAGAGACAGUGAAAUCAAUUUGCCUUAUUCCAGAGUAUGAUCAGAUAAAGUGUUGUUAUCCUACAAGAUGUUUUGAAACCCAUGCACACUGUGCUAUCGUCUGAUCAAACACUAGUAGUAAAAGCAGUGUUUAUAGACAUAGUAUACCCAUUCAGGCUGACCAUUUACUAAUUUUUUUAACCUGAAUACAUCACUGUCUAAGAUUAACAAACUAGAGUGUGAUCUACUCUCACUCUACACUUAUCUGUGGAUGAUCAGAGAGAUGACAGCUGCUCUGUCUCUCCUUAAAUGCACCAGUUGUUGUGAUGUGUCUUUGUGAAUACAAAACCUGUCAAUGGUUUUGUAGCUGCUGCUUUUACUCUGCACUCUCCCAACAAAAAACAUUGCCUCCCUCUAGGGCUGAAUGGUUUAUUGUUUAAUGAUCGAAAUUGGGAUUUUUUACAGCAUGAUCAUGUGAUUGCCAAAGCUGCAUUUAUUAUUAUUAUUUUUUUUUUGUUGCUGCGCUCCUGACUGACUCGGGAUCUGUUGUGUCAACUAUUUCACAUGUACAUGACGUCUCCCCACCAUCCCAAUCAGAAAGGGCGUAUGCCACUCAUGGACAGGUCACAUUAACCAAUCAGUAUUAACCUGCUCUCCAUGUUUUGAAACAUUUACGUGUUUUUAAAAUAGCUUCAGUGCAACCACAAGUGGAGUUUGGUGAUUUAAUCCCUAAAAAAAAGUGGCACAGCAGUCAUCUGGGAGUAUUUUGGUUUUGAGGCUGCGGACAUGCAUCAGAAAUAGGUACUGUGCAAGCAAAACCUGUUGCACUAAAGUUGCUACAUCGAGUGGAAACUAGGGUGACCAUAUUCUGAAUCCCCAAAAAGAGGACACAACUACGUGGGGGCGGAGUCACAGAGUCGCGCGUAUUAAAUAUUGAGUUUUCUGGUUCGGGUCGAGUGUUUUAAAUGUGCUUCUAACUCAGUAAAUCUUUGCGACACAAACUCAAAACUUCCAUACAAAACCCCAGACAUUUGAAGGAUUUUGUAACCUCUCGCGGACAAGGCCAGACAGCCCCCAAAAAAGAGGACAUGUCUGGGUAAAAGAGGACGUCUGGUCACCCUAGCGGAAACACAACCAACUUGUACCGGCACUUGAAAAACCACCCCAGGCGCUUGCAAGAGGAGUGCAUGACAUAUAGUUUAGGAUGUGGUGCAUCCCCGGGAACAAUCACUUUGGAUCUUAAAUAAACUAUAACUCUAAUAUAGCUUUAGAAAAAUAAGUGGUCUUGUAGUACAACUUGUCCCCAGGGUGGGGUGAAUUGUGCCAUAGAUUAUUAAAGUAAAACACAUCAUUUUAACCUUAAAAACAGUAAUGCUACAUAAAACCCAAAUUCAUGAGUUUCAUUCCUCUGUUUGAGAAACUCUUGAGCCUCUCAAAAUUUUGCUUGACCACCAAUGACAUUUUUCAGUUGAAGAGCUUUUUCAAGGGCUGAGAUACUUUGUGAAUAACUUUUCUUCAACAGAAUUUACAGUACACCUAACUACAAAGAAAAGUUCUUAUGAAGAAAGGUUAUGAUCAGGAGGAUUUUCGAACACUUUCAUCAACUUUAUGUAUGAGGAAGCUUAAAGAAUACAGCCACUGUAUAAGCAGAACUCAGGAAUGUAGAAAGCUUAUUUUACAGGUGGGGGGCAAAGAAACUAAAGGCUGCUUCCCCUUCCUUAGUUUUGAUCCUGGGAACACUGAGUAAACUUCUUCCAGAUAACCUGAGGGGCGGGGAUGCUUCAAAGUGUACGGGUCAAUCAGACAAAGGUUAAAGAUCAGGAAAUCAUGUCAAGACAAGUAAUAGGAUGUGAAAAUCUUUAUUUUGACACACAUAAAGCCAGUGCAGGGACAUCAGGAGCAAUGUACUGUGCUUCACUUUCUUGCUCUUUGUCAGGACUUCAGCUCUCUAAAACGGUCUGAUUGUUCUUUUUCCGUUUUUCAAAGACCUUUGAAGAUGCCAUGACAAUAGUCCAGCCUAUUAGAAAAUAAACUGAGAUAGACUUUAACUGUAUCUUGUUCUGACAGAAAUCCUUUCACUCUUUAUCCAUAUUUAUACUGAUAUUAAUCUGAUCUGAUGAAUAUUUUCAGUGAAUGUUUAAAUCAUGGUCAGAGACCAUAACUAAACCCAAAUUUUAUCCGUGGUUUGUUGAUAAAGCUGUGAUUUCAGAAAAAUGCUGCCUCCAGCUUUUUCUUUUGGGCUUCAGACAAACAUCUACUCAUAGAUUUGUCAAAUCAUUUAUAUAAAUAGAGGGUGCUUAGGUCAUAUGGUGAAACUGUGUCAUUAUAGAUAGGAGAUUUAUUAUAUCUGACUAAAUCUGUGUUUUCACCUGCUGGUCAAAUACACAGUCAGUUUUAGCUUUGUUUAUAGAUUCCUGCACAGUUUGGGUAUUCAGUCCAUCUAAUAACUGUUUUCUGUAUGUUUUUGUGGCAGUCAUUAUCGCAUGUUUCAUUGGAGCCUGCCUCAGCAUCUCUAGAAAUAUCAUCGGAUUCAUCUUCACCACAGAGCAGUAAGUGAACUCUUAAAGCGGGGGUCACUCACUUUCCUACAGUGACUCAUUUAUUCAGCGGUUUUGCAGAAGCUUGGUGAUGAUCCACAUGACAUAACAGACUCAGUUUCAUAUUGCUGUCCAGACUUUAAACAUUAACUUAGUUCAUCAUUCCCACGCUCACAUUUAAAAUCAGUUCUGCCACAUUAUGUCCUUUUAAUGUCUUGCCAUUUCAGCUAACAUAAAAAACCCCUUUUAAAAGUAUCCCAAGAGGUCACAGAUAUUGUGUAGUUUUACAAUACUUAGGAGCUGUUUGCCAUGUCUUUGUUGAAUUUUUUUUAAAUUUUAUUUUAUUUAAAAUUUUCACAUUUUACAAACAGGAACUUAAAAAAAGUGUCCAUAGCAGUACAAAGAAACAGCAGCUUAAAGAGGUGGUGUAGUUCCUCUCUGAUACCUCUUUAAUAGCUCUACAUGAUUUUCAGAUAAAAAAGCCUCUUGUUUCUCACUCUGGUGUAUUAAAUACCAUAAUUUAUCCACAAGCCUACUUUCCUUUAAUGGCCACCUCUCUGGAGGUGGCCAUUAAAGUAUGCAUCUUGUAUGCAUCUAGUCCAACAGAACCUUACCUUAUCUCAAUAUCACCAUGAAGCUGUCAGUCAUAGGUUCAGUUUAUUCAUUUAUUUCACAAAGGGGUCCAUAAAAUCCAUUUCCAUGGAAGCAAUUCAAAAGCCUUAUGUGGUAGCCAGCUAAUAUUACAAUAUCUAAUAUUACUCAUUGUGUCAGUGACCUGCUCACGCUGUUGGUAAUUCACGGAACGAUCUUACUAAAAGUGAUCCCCAACGUCGAGUCAUAUGACACAUCUCUUCUUUCAUGACUAUGGUAUGGUCUCACUGACAUUAGUAACUCAGUUGUUUAUUUAAGGUAUUUAAAAACUCUCACUCUCACCCUUGCUCCCUUAGUACUAACUAGAUUCAAAUCAAGAACUUGUCUGCUCUUUUUUUCAGAGAGAUUUUGGAUAGGGUUUCUGAAGUCAUGAUUGUGUUUUGUUUCGUGCACAUUUUUGAUGCAGUCGCGGUGAGAAACUGUUAUUUUCAUGAUCAUUUUUCCAGACCUUUAUGAACAAGGACAUGGUGGAAGCUAACUGUCUGUUGUCAUUAGGGUGUGACUGGAGGAGUUCUCAGAGGAGUAGGGAAACAGCUGAUUGGUGCUCUGUGUAACCUGGUGGGGUACUACUUCAUUGGCUUUCCUAUUGGUGUAUCGCUGAUGUUUGCAGCACGCAUGGGUAUCACAGGUAAAACAAAAUCUGCUGGGUAGUUUUUGCACUUACUGGGAGAUGAUUCUGUAUCUCCUUUUUUAUAGUUUACAUAUGUGCAAAAAUGCUGAAACUCUCUCUCCACCUUCCUGCAGGUCUGUGGACAGGGUUGGUUGUAUGUGUGUUCAUGCAGUCCCUCUUCUUCAUCAUACUGCUGUGCAAACUCGAUUGGAAAAAGGCAGCUGACGAGGUAAGAGGCUACAUCCCUUGGCCAGUUAAAACUCUUCAUUUUUUUUUGGUUCAGGAUGUGCUCUAAGUUAAACCUUUGAAUGUAUGUGAUCAGGCUCGUGUGAGAGCAGGAGUGCAGACCAAAGAGGAAAAAGAGAUGACAAGGAUGGACAGUACAUGUAAGUUCUGCCGUAAAGUGAAACUUCCUCCUAUAAAAAAUAUUGCUAAAGAUUCUCCAUCAAUCCCCCAGAUUCAAAUCACAACCAGGCUGAGGUUGGUGCUACUGAAUCCAUCUGUGAAACAAACGAGGAGGACAACAACAGGCACUCUGAAGUGCAAAGUCCAGAUCAAAAUACAGCCUCAGCCACUACUGUGGGAGAUGUUUUGUCUAUAACCCAGCUGGUUUUACGGCGUGGCUUUGCUCUGCUCUGUAUGGUCACUAUUCUUGUUGUUGGAGUCUUGGCCAGUGAAUUCCUUGUCAAGCUGCUGAAAUAAGACCUCCACUUUUUUUUUUAAACUGACACCCAGAGCGUUGUUUAGCCUUCACAUUCCAUUAAACAAUAAUACAAUGUUCACUUUGAAAUACUGCACAAUGUGACCAGGCUACUGGUGCUGUUGAUCCCACAAAUCAGAUCUACAGAUUUAUGCUGCACAAAGCCAGAGACCCAGCAUAUGCUAACAACAAGACAGUCCCUCCAUGUCAAAGGCAGUGUAAGGGUGAAGUAUAGAAAAGCAAAGACAUCCAGGUAUUUUCCUACAUGACCAAACCAAGCCUGGUAUCAAAGUGUCUUAGCAAAGAGCAUUGUUCUAGUUCAACAAAAACAAUCAUGUUGUUCUUUUUCUGAGAAAUCUUUGAGCCACAUGAGGCUGGUGUGUCCUUAAAUGACAGUCUGAACUAAUUUAAUGACAGUUCACAGUGUGGAAGUCAUCACAAAUUUCUUCCAGCGGAUUUGACCAAUUAUUACAUUACAUUAUCAUAUUACAAUUGAAAGUAAGAAACUAUGACAGCAUUCUAACUGAAGUAACUUCAAGAGGUCUGUCUAAGAGUAAUACUUUGGGAUUUGUACAUACUGAGCAGGCUUGGUAAAAUGUGUUUCAAUAUUCAAAAAUAUAUUAGAACUAAUGUAUGAUCACUAAACGCUCCUGUUAGGAGUUUUUGAUAGAUCAGGAAACAGACCAAAUUGUGUUGUUUCUCUAUGAUGUCAAAAAAUCGAAUAAGACCAUCAAUUAUGAGUUUGACAGUUUCUAUGAUAUUAAUUUUCACCUCCUGUAACUGAAGAUCGAGUGAUUUACUGGACCAAUCAAUGACAUUUGGGCAUAAUAAUCUUUCAUAUUGGCAUUAUGCCUUACAAGGUCAAUAUCACCAUUAUCUUCCAAUGAAAAAGGCAUUUUUCUUAUCACCCAUUAACAGAAUAUUAAAUCUGUUAGAGUCA